AUGAUUGAUCGUGAGAAGAUCCAAGAACUACUCAAUACUGCGGAGCCGCUCCGUACGGGUGCAAGAGCUGGUGGCGGAAAUCCCCCCUUGGCCGCUCGACUCCAGGCGAUGGAAGAGGCGAUAAAAGAUCUGACAAGGAUGAAACCGCUAAGGACCACGUCCGACUCGACCCUGAAAGCCACGCCUGAGCCAUCCACAGUUGCUUCGACAAAGACAACUAAGCGACAGAUGGUGUCAUCUAGCUUCGAAUCAUCAACGACAGACGACGAAAAGAAAGAGCAGGAGAGCGACAAACCAGGCCCCUCUAAUUGUAAGACUUCAACACCAAAAAAGCCAUCCAAGUCGGAAUCCACAAGGAAGAAGGUUAAAGAAGAACCCCCGUGA